GCCGCCCAGGCCGAGGCCGCGAGUGCCCGCCGGCCGCUUCCGCUCUCGGCGCAGGCGCUGCAGCUUGGCCAGAGCGGAGGGGGCUCGGGAGAAGAGUGGACACCGCUGGCCAGGAUGGUGCUGGAGAGCGUGGCCCGCAUCGUGAAGGUGCAGCUCCCCGCAUAUCUGAAGCGGCUCCCAGUGCCUGAAAGCAUUACCGGGUUCGCUAGGCUCACAGUUUCAGAAUGGCUUCGAUUAUUGCCUUUCCUUGGUGUACUCGCACUUCUUGGCUACCUUGCAGUUCGUCCAUUCCUCCCAAAGAAGAAACAACAGAAGGAUAGCUUGAUUAAUCUUAAAAUACAAAAGGAAAAUCCGAAAGUAGUGAAUGAAAUAAACAUUGAAGAUUUGUGUCUUACCAAAGCAGCUUAUUGUAGGUGUUGGCGUUCUAAAACGUUUCCUGCCUGUGAUGGUUCACAUAAUAAACACAAUGAAUUGACAGGAGAUAAUGUGGGCCCACUAAUACUGAAGAAGAAAGAAGUAUAAUAAUAAUAUUGUAACAAUAUUUUCUCAUUCUUUGUGUAUAGAAAAUUUUAAAGUGGUGGUCUUAAUUAUUACUACUGGUUGAACAAUUAUUUCUUCCAAUUUAUUUUCUUCCUGCACUACUGUUUGUAUUUGAUCCUUUGUCUAUUCAGUCACUUAAUUAGAAGUUAAAUUGUCAAGCCUCUUAUUCUGACUUCAAAGAAUUAAUGUAUCUUCCAACAAUAAAAUCACUUCUGAUUUUAAUCUAGGAAAACCUAAAUUGUGGCUAUGGAUCCAAAGCUGUUUGUUUCUUUGAAUAUCAAUAUUUUCAACAGGAUCUUGUAUUUAAAAUUCCCACCUACAUUGUUAAAUAUGUUAUUUUUUCAUAUCUCUUUUGGUUUUGAUAAUCUGAAGUGUUUUUUUCUCCUUUUGGCCUUCCAAACUGCAUUUGUUUAGGUGAAUUAAGAAAAAUAUUGCCAUCAAGAAUUACUUGUGUUUUCACAGAGAUAGACUCUUUGCUUUAUAGAGAUUGUUGUGUAUUUAAUAUGAAUAUCCCAGCUUUAGAAAAGAAGUAAACUGGAUACAAAAAGUUCCAUUGAGGAACAGUUAUUUACAAUAUAAAAGAUUUGUUUACUUUACAAAA